AUGCCGAGCCGAAUCGCUGAGUUGCUUCAGCGAAAAGAUGAGAAAAUCGUUGAAGAGAUCAAUUUGGGAGGAUUCAAGUAUUUGGCCGAACAACAGAAAUGGGUUAGAAUUCUUUGGCUCUCGGUGAUCAUCCUCUUUCUCAUCUUGACUUUCUAUCAAAUAUGGACACAGAUAGCCCGCUACAUGGAGCAUCCGAUCUCCACAAAUGUGGACGUGCAAUACCCCGAGAAGAUCACUUUUCCUGGAAUCGCUCUAUGCAAUAACAAUCAGUUUCGCCUCAGCUACUUAUACGACCCAAAAGUUCGCGAGUGGGCUCUUCCAAAUAACACCAUUCACAGUAAAGAUGCUCCAUAUUUUGAGCAGGUGAUUGAUUCAGUUGGAAACUGGUCAGCCAUUGAGUUCCUUCAAAAUUCGACUCAUGAGAUUACGACGAUGCUUGCUAGUUGUACUCUACCAAAUGGGACAAAAUGUACUCCAAAAAUGUGGCGUCAGUACUGGACAAUUGAUGGGAUUUGUUGGGCGUUGAAUCUUGACAAUGAGACUCCGAUUGAGGUGACGAAUUCCGGCUCAAGUCAUGGUCUCCGAUUAGUGCUAAACACGGAAAGCUAUGAACAUGCGGAGACUUGUGGUCGAGUCAACAACGAUCAAGAAGAAGCUGGCUUUAGGGUGUUACUCUUUGACCGAUCCGAUCGUCCAAUCACUACCUCCGAUGGAGUGAGCGUCUCUCCGGGAAUGUCUGUCAACAUUCCAUAUAAAAUCAAGCACAGAGUAAAGCUGCCCGGGCCUAGUUGUCGUGAGGAGACUGAGCAAUCAAGAAAUCUUUCGAAUUUGAUGUCACCAGAUAAUUUAAGAGCCUGUAUGGGUCGCUCUAUGCACGAGAAGUUUGAGGAACAUUGCAAUUGCUCGAUUCGUCGAUUGUACACUGGAGGGCCUAGACAAGAAAAUGAGUGCAACGUUGAGACCUAUUUCAAUUGUGUCUUACCCUAUCAAAGGAGACUACAAGCUAAUCUGAGUGCCGAGAUCGGUCAGAGCUGUUUAGCGCCGUGUGAUUCCAUGGAAUACACUCUCACACAGGACAUCAGUGGGAUCCCAAAGAACCUAAUGCCAAAAGUCUCCGGCAACAGUACUUUCUACUAUGAGCAGGACACAAGUGAAAUCGGUGCUGAGAAGUACUUGAUUGGCGUUGAUGGGAAUGGGAAAAGACUGUAUAAAGAGGUCACUCAUUCGUGCGGUGACUCAGCCUUUGUCAGCAAGGAAUUCGCUACAGAAACUCUUCGAAAAGUGCUCUUUGUUAUAAAUUGGCGAUCGAGAUUGAACGUGGUGGAGAGGAAAGAUUUGUUGAAUCUGAAGGAUCAAUAUUUCGAGCAAAAGCUCGAUCUCUCCGAUCACGGUUGGCCCGUUCAAGAGUCAGACAUAAAGCCGUACUCUAUCGGGGAAUACAUCAUCGAGUACGAACAAGACUGCAACGAUAUCAUUAAGAUUUGGAAGAAUAACUCCGAUCUUUUUCCGAAUCUCCAAACAAUUGAGCUAAUGAUAAAGAAGAAAUCAGCUGAUUUUGUGAAUUGGGAAUUGCUGAGGAACUUUCAUUUGGAUCGAGAGUUGCAAAGGUUUUUGGAUGGAGAAAUCUCAAAGUAUACUUUUGCUGAAUACAUUAAAUAUCACUCAUAUGUAUACUUUUUUCAUCAGGAAUUUCAACGAUACUGGAUUCAUCCGAUUCAGGAUUUUCUUUACGAGGCACGUUUACUACUUCGGAAAGAGAAAAAUGAGCUUAAAGAGAUUUUAAAGAGAAACUUUGGCGACAACGAGAACAACACGAGCGAUUUCACGUUGGAUGAUGAGGACAUCGAGUUUUGCAUUGACAAACGUUUACCCCAAUAUGUCAGCGAGCAAUUUGACGAGUUUCGAGAAAUGGCUGAAGAUUUUGCGAUGAUCUUCAAUGAGCUUUUCCGUGAUCAUUUCGGCGAUUAUUACAAGAACGCGCAGAUCAAUGCCGAAUUUGAGAAGCAAAAUUUGGCCAUCGUGAAUAUUUAUCUUCAAUCGAAUGCAAUCGAGACGUGGACACAGCAGGAGGAGUACCCGUUUUGGACGCUGGCCUGCGACGCUGGUGGUGCCCUCGGGCUGUAUUUAGGUGCCUCGGUGGUGACCCUUUUGGAGAUCGUCUACGUUCUUUGGACUCGCUACAAAAUAGGGGCAAAACAAAUGAGAAGAGAAGCUAAAAUGCUCGGAAAAGUGAUCGAUAAUUUGGAGAUGGCCAAGAGAAGUGUCGUCACUCGGUCACAAAUUGAAAUCACUCAA